CCGGCUGUAGUGGGUUGGAGGGAGAAUUUGUCCCUAGUGACAUUUUCUACCACCUGCACACUAAGAUCAGCGCUUUUCCAACGAUCUAGCGCAUCAUGUUUCGACCCAUCCUGCCAGCAUGUCGUGCUCCACCUAUACCAGUCAUGGGCUGCUGUCGCCGGCAUGCGACUUUGGCUGGCCCUCACCAAAAUAGAAUGUCCAGGAUGCUCGCACCAACCUCUAAAGCUGUACACGCUGCGGAUAAUGCACAUUCUGCAGUUAGUCACAAUCUUCUGUUAAGGGCAGGAUACAUAAGGCAGUCUUCGGCCGGAAUGUACAGUUUUUUGCCGCUCGCCCUACGUGUUCUUGGAAAAAUAGAAAGGAUCAUCGACGAAGAAAUCCAACGUGUAGGUGGUCAAAAGCUAUCUUUGCCAUGUCUCCUCCCAUCCGAUGGUUGGAAGAAAACGGGACGCUGGGAAUCAACUGGUUCUGAGAUGUUUAAGGUUACCGAUCGGAAAGGAGGCGAGUUUUGCUUAGCACCAACUCACGAGGAAGAGAUCACGCAGCUAGUCGCUGCAGAGGUUUCCUCAUGGAAACAACUACCGCUUCGCCUAUACCAAACAGGACGUAAAUAUCGCGAUGAAGCACGGCCAAGGUCGGGGCUGCUUCGUGCCCGGGAAUUCAUCAUGAAAGACCUUUACUCUUUCGAUGCAACUGAAGAAGCUGCCUUAGCAACCUAUGAUGAACUAAGGAAUGCUUACGACCGAAUAUUGAAAAGGAUUGGCAUACCGUUUGCUGCUGCAGAAGCUGAUAGCGGAAAUAUUGGAGGAACGAGGUCUCACGAGUACCAUUUUCUAUCAACUGUUGGCGAAGAUACACUUUUGACCUGCAACAAUUGCGGGUAUACCGCGAAUGAAGAAAGAGCAGUGGGAAUCCUAAGGCCACCGCAGAAUGACGACAUGACCACGGAGGAACUACGAUUCAGCUUCGGAAGACAGGAUCAGAGCGAAUGGUGCAAUGCUAGUGUUACGGUACCAAAUGGUCGCACGCUGAAUCCCGCAAAGCUUAAAGCACAUCCAGCCCUGAAAGGAUUAGUCGUCAAAUUCAAUAAUCCAACGGAGUCAAAUGCCUUUCCCAACGAAACGAAAUUCAUUGAUCACAGAGUUCGAAGAAGGGAAACUGCAUUGGAUGACUCUCGGACGCAUAUUGGAGACUUCACCAUGAUCCAACAUGGUGAUGGGUGUUCCGUUUGCAACAGUGCAUCUCAACACCAUGAUUCGCAGCCAUCUCAAUUCCUCCAAUCCCAUCGGGCGAUAGAGAUCGGUCACACCUUUUUCUUGGGUACAAAAUAUUCAGCCUCCCUAGGUGCGACAUUCAAAAACGAGAAGCAAGAGGUUGUUCCGAUGCAAAUGGGCUGCUUCGGCAUAGGCGUGACUAGGAUGAUGGCCGCGGUGGUUGAGGCCAGCCAUGAUCAGCAUGGCAUUAUUUGGCCAGAGUCUAUUGCCCCAUAUCGCAUAUGCAUCGUUCCAAUGUUAAACAAGAAGAGCGCGCUAGAACAACAGCGGGCCAUAUCAGGUGCCAUUGAGCAACUUUACAGCCUUUUAAAGGAUGCAGCUGGGCAGGAGGAUAUUGUUGUUGACGAUCGAGAAGAUAUGACCCUCGGAUUCAAAAUGAAGGAUGCCUCGCUGAUUGGGUAUCCUUACAUGAUCGUGUUGGGAAAAACGUUCUUGCAGGACGGAUUGGUGGAAGUCCAUAUAAGAAAAACGGAGGAAAAGCGCUUGAUGAGGAUCGAAGAUAUUACAACAAUGUUCAAUCAUUAGUUAUUGAUACAAAGUUCAGUGUACAUUGUACUUAAUUUAAUCUUCCUCGCAUUUACAAAACAUUCCUAAAUAAUUAUUGACCGACACCGGCUGUCACCAUACCGCUGGUGCCUCGUCCACGAUCUCACUUAUUGUCAUUGGUAUUGGAU